AUGAUGAGUUCGGCCCGCGUGGUGCUGUGGAGACUGUGUGCUUGUAGCAUUCUGCUCCAUGGUUGCGAUGCAUCUGAUUUCCUUGGAGCUAAGCCAGGGAAUCCAGAGAAGCCAACUUUCCCACGCAACUUGAGUCUGGCAGAGGUGGACGGCUACUUCCAGACAGAAGGUUGUGAGGUGGGUCGCCCAAUCCAGGUGCUUAAUCGGACGUUGGAUGACUGCAAGACCCUUUGCAAUGCAGACCCAGCCUGUGAUGCCUUCGCACAUGAAGCAGGCCACAACCGCAAUGCUCGAGCAGGGUGCUUGCUGAACACGGACAAUGUCUCCAACGCCUCCAACGCCAUCUCUUGUGACGGCAAAUCCGGGACCAAGGGGUACAAUCUCUACACAAAGCGCUCGAAGGUCUCAAGAUGGGGCUGGGGGAAUAGCCCGAAACCAGUGAGUGGUUAUGAGCUCGUGGUGUCGGGGUGCGUUUCUGACCACAACCUCCGGCUGGUGCAUGACAAAAGUCGGGAAGAGUGCAGCAGAUUGUGCAAUGCUGAUUGGAGGUGCGAGGCUUUUGAGUACUAUCGCGAUCAAGGCUCAUCCAAUCCCAGAUUUCGGCGUUAUGACUGCCAUCUGCAGACUUCCAACGAUCCUUCGAAUUGCAGGGGUCAAGAUUGGAACUUGGACUUGUACAUCAAGGUUCCACCAGAUGUGGGUGGCUACGCACACAUGCCUCGAAAAUGUGUUAACGGUCACAACCUCCGUCACGCUGGGCAGAGGUCUCUCGCUGAUUGCCGUGCUGAGUGCAACAAUGAAGGGCACUGUGUUGCAUUUGAAUACGGCGUAGCAUACGGUGGAUCAGGUGCUCGCAAACCUGGGGAUUGUAUCCUCCAAGAUCACACCGACAACUACGAUUGCGAUGGUUCCCAUCACAACACCGACCUCUACCUGAAACGCUUCUCGACAGACCGGCUCACAUUGCUUGAUGUCAAAUGUCAGAAGCCAGCAUCAGGAUUUGACGAUGUCUUCAAGGCUGCGUAUCUUGUGGCCAGAAAGCUCUACGAUGGAUACACGGACCCCUAUAUGACCAUGCUGCAGAUGGUGCCACAAUUGCUGGAAUUGAACAAGGUGAUUGUAAACGGCGUGGUCUAUGGCUUCGACCCUCUUUCGUACGAAACCGUCUGGUCAUUGGCCGGCUGGGGUUCCGACGAAGUUUCCGCGAUUUUAGACAUAUAUGACAAGACGUGGGCUGGGCAAGAUGACCAGUUGCUGCUCAAAGUUGAUGGCAUCGACGUGCUUCGUGAAACCAUGUCAGCCGGGCAGAAGAGAGGAAUCUUCAAGUACGUUUCCUUCCGGGGCCGUGCUCGGGUGUCUUUCAUUGAGGUCGAUUCUGUCAGCGACAACGAUGACAUUGGCAGCAUUGACAUCGUGGGAGGCAGGAACGUGUGGAAAGAGCGAGCUCUUAUCCUCGCGCCCAACGAGCAUGACGGUAGCGCAUAUGAGCUUAAAUAUAAGGUAGACGCCGGUGCAGGUGAUCCUGAGAAGCUGUCAAAGUAUAUGCUUUGCGGAACAAACCAGUGCAAUCACUGCCCUGUAACAGCAUGCGAGGGGUCGCAGCUUCGUGAUUUCCCUGGAUUGGAUCGCGACAAAGACAAGGGAGAUUUGAAGCCUUGCCCAAUUGGUUUUGCUACGUUGAGGUUUGAAAAAUACCCUCAAGCGUGGCCUUUCGCUGAUGUGUACUUGCGGAUCUGUCGCCGCCUGUAUAAUUGA